CUGCCUGAGGGAGCUUUUGGAAGAUGUAGUUUGCAGGGUGGGCAGUUGCCACAAUUAUAUGUCCUGUCCACUUCUUUGUCCUGUCCAAGUGAUUGUUCUCUGGCAGACUGGUUGUGCAAAUUACUACAGAAAUAUAGCUUCUAUCGACUGGUUUCUCACGGGAUUUCUCCCUCUCUCCCUUUGUUUACUAGGGAUUCCAGGGGUCGAAGUUCGCUGCAUCAUGUCCUCAUGCACUGGCCCAACAUUGCUCGGGGCUGCACCGUGCCCAAGACCAAGAUUGAAAAGGCCAUGGCGGCCAUGCACAGCCGGGCCUGCGCCUGCCUCCGCCUGAUGUGCCAGCAAGGGGUGGAUGUGAAUGCCACGACAGGCGCUGAGGGCCGGGACACGCCACUGCACCUGGCCGUCCGUUACGGGGUCUGGUCGGCCGUGGCCGUGCUGGCUCGCCACGGGGCUGAGCUGGAGGCCGCAGACCAGUACGGCAUGACACCUCUGCACAUGGCCAGCUGCCUGCUGGACACCAGGGUGACCCAGGAGCUGCUAGGCCGGGGGGCGAGGUUGGACGCCCGGGUGCUGGUGAGCGGCUGCACGCCACUGCAGCUGGCUGUGGCUGCUACCUCGGGCAAGGUGGGACGGUGGCUGGGCGUCGGCAUGGAAUGCGUGCAGGCGCUACUGGCGGCAGGCGCGGCCGUGAAUGCUAGCGACUGGCGGGGCAGGUCAGCGACCCACGAGGCCUGCUUCGGCGGCCAGGAAGAGCUGAUGGACCUGCUGCUGGAGCACGGCGCCGACCUGCGCCUCCGCACCGAGCUCGGCGAGUCGCCCCUCGCCCUCUUCCUGGAGCGCCGGCCGAACCUGCGGCGCCGCCGCAUGCUUGCCAAGCUGCUCGCCCUCUCCUGCCCGCCUCACCUCACCGACGCCAGUGGCUCGCUACCCAGCGGCAUCUGCGGCCCCGAGCUCCGCCGCCACCGCCAGCUUCUGCAGGGCCUGUGCCGCCAACCACCCGCCCUCCGCGACCUCUGCCGAGCAGCCGUCCGCAGGAUCUACAGCCGCCGCCAGACCCAGCAGCUCCUGCCACGCCCGGUCUGGAUCUUCCUCUACAGUUACCAGGAGUACGCCGAGCAGCUGGAGGAGGUGGUGGCAGAAGUCCCGAACGAGCGGCAUCAACCGGGAGCCCUAGCUGGCCUCGACAACAGCUUCAGCGGCGUGCACCUCUAAGCUCAGCCCUCUACUCCAAACCCCAUUAAGCUGUAUGAAAAUAAAAAUGUCUCGCUAAGUUUCCCUCAUUUAAAAAGAGAUAUGACUCAGCUAUGAAUCUUUCCAUCUGGCAAUUUUCUCAUUCAAGGACCUAAAAGCACAAGGAGCUCAUUGGAUGAAAGCACAGACAGGAUGGGCUGGAUGGCCUGCCCCUGCUUAUGCCCUCAGUAUCAGGCUGCUUAGUAUUUUGUGUUGAGUUCCAGUCACUUCAGUAUAGGAAGGAUGUGGAUACUUUAGAGACGGUGCAAAGGAGACUUACCAGGGUGAUCCCUGGAUUGGAGAGCAUGUCUUAUGAGGAGAGGUUGAGCGAGCUAGGGCUUUUUUCUUCGGAGGGAAGGAGGAUGAGAGGUGACGACGUAAGUGUAUAAGAUGAUAAAAGGCAUAGAUGGAGUGGACAACCAGAGACUUUUUUUACCCCAGGGGUGGAACUGGCUAAUACGAGGGGGAACAAUUUUAAGGUGAUUGGAGGAAAGGUCAGGGAAAAUGUUCAUGGGCAUGUUUUUUCUUUUACACAAAGAGUGGUGGGUGUAUGGAAUGUUCUACCGGGGUGGUGGUAGAGACAGAUACAUUAGCAUCAUUUAAGAAACUCUUCGAUAGGCUUAUGUAUGAUAAAAAACGGGGAAGGCUAUGUGGAAGGGAAGGGUUGGAUUGAUCUUCAGGUAGGUUAAAAAGUAGGUACCGCAGUAGCAUAGCAGUUAGCGCAAUGCUAUGACUGGUGGGAGCAUUCGGGAGUCUGCGGCUCAAUUUGGCUGCCGUCUGUAAGUUCAUAAGUGCUCCCUGUGAACAUGUUGGUUUCCUCCAGGUCCUCCAGUGUUCUCCCUCAGUCAAAAGAUGUACCCAUUAGUAGGUUGACUUGUUAUUGUAGAUUGUCCUGUGAUUAAGCUAGUGUUAAAUAGAUGGGUUGCUGAAAAGUGUGGCUUGUUA